AUGGACAAGGUCAGUUUUGCAGCUCACAUUUUCCGGGCUUUCAAAGCAUUCACAUUUAAUGACAGCCAGUUGUUUGCAAUGUUGACUGUCAGCUGCCAGGGCUGUUGGAACGGCCGCAAGCGACACUCUCGGGAUCUGUAUGGAUUCAUCAACACAUGCCUGCAGUCCCUUGUAACAGAGAAAUUUGGUGAAGAGACAUGGGAAAAACUAAAGGUGUCUGCAGAAGUACAAGAUGCCUUCAUGACCUACACCGUGUAUGAUGAUGUCAUCACCAUUAAGCUCAUCCAAGAAGCCUGCAAGGCUCUGGAUGUAUCCAUGGAAGCCAUUCUGAAGCUCUUUGGAGAAUACUUCUUCAAGUUCUGUAAGAUGUCUGGCUAUGACAGGAUGCUUCGGACAUUGGGAGGAAAUCUCACCGAGUUUAUUGAAAACCUAGAUGCCCUCCACAGUUACCUGGCAUUGUCGUAUCAGGAAAUGAACGCGCCAUCCUUUCGCGUAGAGGGAGGAGCUGAUGGGACAAUGCUUCUCCAUUACUACUCGGACAGAAGUGGCCUGUGCCACAUUGUACCAGGCAUCAUUGAAGCUGUGGCCAAGGACUUUUUUGACACUGAUGUGGCCAUGAGUAUCCUUGACAUGAAUGAAGAGGUGGAGAGGACAGGAAAAAAAGAGCAUGUUGUGUUUCUGGUUGUGCAGAAGGCUCGAAGACAGAUGAGAAGGACAAAGGCUCUCAAGACAACACUCCUUAGGAUGAAGGAGAAAGACUUAAGCAGCUCUGUUUGCCCUGGGGGGAAAUAUCACUGGGGUUCCAGAGCAUCAGUCAUGUUUGAGAAAGGGCCCCUCAGGAACACCUUCCAGCCUGUCUAUCCAGAGAGACUGUGGGUUGAAGAGGAGAUGUUCUGCAAUGCUUUUCCUUUCCACCUUGUUUUUGAUGAAACACUAAGGGUCAAGCAAGCUGGAGUGAAUAUUCAGAAGUAUGUCCCUGGACUCCUAACCCAGAAGUUUGGAAUGAAUGAGUAUUUCUCCAUCGUCCACCCUCAAGUUACCUUCAGCAUCUCCAGCAUCUGCAAGUUCAUUAACAGUCAAUUUGUCUUGAAGACACGAAGAGAAAUGAUGCCUAAAGCAUGGAAGAGCCAGCCAACACUCAAACUCCGAGGCCAGAUGAUCUGGAUGGAGUCUCUGCAGUGCAUGAUCUUCAUGUGUUCUCCAAAGCUCCGCAGCCUGCAAGAACUAGAAGAGAGCAAGAUGCAUCUUUCAGACAUCGCUCCCCAUGAUACCACCAGGGAUCUCAUCCUCCUCAACCAGCAGAGGCUGGCAGAGAUGGAGCUGUCCCGCCAGCUGGAGAUAAAGAAGGAGGAGUUACGCGUCCUCUCUAAGCACCUGGCCAUCGAAAAGAAGAAGACAGAGACCUUGCUGUAUGCAAUGCUGCCUGAACAUGUGGCCAACCAGCUCAAGGAGGGCAGAAAGGUGGCUGCAGGAGAAUUUGAAACAUGUACAAUCCUUUUCAGUGAUGUGGUGACAUUUACCAACAUCUGUGCGGCCUGUGAACCUAUCCAAAUAGUGAAUAUGCUGAAUGCCAUGUACUCCAAGUUUGACAGACUAACCAGUGUUCACGAGGUCUACAAAGUGGAAACAAUAGGUGAUGCUUACAUGGUGGUAGGUGGAGUUCCAGUGCCUGUUGAGAGCCAUGCUCAGAGAGUCGCUAAUUUUGCUUUGGGGAUGAGAAUUUCCGCAGAAGAAGUGAUGAAUCCUGUUACUGGAGAGCCCAUCCAGAUAAGAGUGGGAAUCCACACUGGACCAGUCUUAGCAGGUGUCGUGGGAGACAAGAUGCCUCGUUACUGCCUGUUUGGUGACACUGUAAACACAGCCUCAAGGAUGGAAAGUCAUGGACUUCCUGACAAAGUGCAUCUGAGCCCCACAGCCUACAGGGCCCUGGAAAACAAAGGGUUUGAAAUUGUCAGGAGAGGUGAGAUUGAAGUGAAAGGGAAAGGAAAAAUGACCACAUACUUUUUGAUCCAGAACCUGAAUGCCACCAAGGAUGAAAUCAUGGGGCGACCUGCAACUCUCACCCAUCAGAAGGGUUCAGAGCCAGGAAAGAACGAUCCAGAGCGGGAAACGACUCAGAGCGCAGAUAGCCUCUCACCCAUUCUUCUGCUGCAGCUGGUCAGUGCCACACUGGGCGAAUUAGACAGAGGUCCAGGGAUUGAGCCAGCUCUAUGCCUCAUGCUGACUACUAGAAUGGCUUCUGAUGAAGCCACACCUGCUGGGAGCCCCGUGGCAGGACAAGACUCCAUGGAUGCAGUCAAUGGCCAGCCAUCACCAGAUCAGACCAAGACAAGCUUCCUUGAUAGUGACCCUGCGCCGUCUAUCUUCUGUGUUGUAUUGUAAUCAAGAGAAAAAGUGAACCCAUGGCAUUCAUUUCUUUUCAUCAAUGGCGGCAGGGAAAAUUAACUUAGAAUAAUUUGGAAGUUCAAAACGUUUUCAAUAGCAUAUCUUUCU